UGAUGUCGGCACUGCUUUGCCUCGUAGCUGGUGCACUUUUCUUCUAUGUGAUAGUGUAUUACGCUGUGUUUAGAGGAGCCAGGUGUUCCAGUUUAGUGAGGCUGAAUGGGAAGACGGCCAUUGUUACAGGAAGCAACACUGGCAUCGGCAAGGCCACGGCUCUGGAACUGGCAAAGAGAGGAGCCAGGGUGAUCCUAGCCUGCCGCAACAAGGACAAAGCUGAGUCAGCUGCAUAUGACAUCCGUAGAGAGAGUGGGAACAAUCAGGUGGUGUUCAUGCAGUUGGAUCUCGCGAGUUUCAAGUCUGUUCGCAGCUUUGCUGAAAUUUUCCUGAAGUCUGAACCCAGACUGGACAUCCUCAUCAACAACGCAGGUGUGAUGGGUCCAGGACGUACUGAGGAUGGAUUUGGCAUGGCGUUUGGGGUUAACCACCUGGGUCACUUCCUGCUCACCAACCUUCUCCUGGAGCGCCUGCAGCAGUGUGGUCCCAGUCGCGUGCUCACCGUGGCCGCACUGCUGCACUGCUUUGGCAGCCUUGACUUCCCUCUGUUGGCUUCCAGGAAGGACUUAGUAUCUGGUCAGUCCACCUGGGACAACUUUCAAGCCUACUGCAACAGCAAGCUGUGUAAUGUGCUGUUCACCAGGGAGCUGGCCAACAGGCUGGAGGGUACCGGUGUCACCUGUUACAGCCUCCACCCAGGAGUCAUCUACACAGAACUGUGUCGCAGUCUGAGCCUGUGGCAGCAGCUUCUCCUGAUGCCCUUGGCCAAGCUCUUCUUCCUGGAUCCUGAGGGGGGGUCUCAGACCACCCUGCACUGUGCCCUGCAGGAGGGCAUUGAGUCCUUCAGCGGACGCUACUUCUCUAACUGUGCACUGCAACAGGUGGGAGCCAAGGGACGAGAUGAUGCUCUGGCAAAGAAGCUGUGGGAAGUCAGGUUUUUUUUUGAGUCCCCUUAAGAAGAGCUGAGACUUCAGAGGACACCUCACAGCCAUUAGCGGAGAUCCCAGAGAUUUAGAGGUGAUUUCAGAGAGAACCUUUUCCAGUACUGGAUGGCGAUCCCAGCCCAUGAGAUACAGGACCUGUCGCUGCCAUAAGGAGGAUGUGCACUGAACCCCUACAUCAAGUGCGGUAGGAUUGAACUGAGCACACACGUCUUCCAGGACAGAGACCAUACCUACUUUUCUCCGUACUGGUCCCACACUGGAGUUGGAUUGCAAAAUGUGACUUUUAAAGAGACAUUGAACAAUAGACCCGGGUCUGUCUUAAUUUUUUUAUGUGCGCACAGUUUAUUUUUUUAGUUUGUUAUUUUCUAAGUGAACUUGUGGAACAAAUAUACAUUGAACUGGAACUUACCGGUUGAAUUGCUAUUACCCUGUUCAGAUAUUUUCAGUAGAAGCCGUUAAAAUCUACAGUGGCGUCCUGUGGUUCUGCUUCACUAUUGCUACCCAUCCUCUUGGCUCCAGUUCAAAUCUUUUUUACAGUUACCUCUAAUAUUCCUUUCCUCACACAGUACCUAGUAGCACAUACUGGUUACAUUAGUAUUGUACUUUUCCUCAUUUGUAUGUUAUUUUUUUUUAAUAUAUAUACUUUAUUAAUCCCCCUGAAGGGAAAUUCAAUUUUUUCAAUGCGUUGUCAUUAACACACAGGUCCAAAGUACACACACAUGCACAAACAGGACCUAUACAUGCACAAAGUGGAGAGAUGUCAGAGUGAGGGGGCUGCCAUGGACAGGCACCCUGAGCCGUUGGGGGGUUCGGUGCCUUGCUCAAGGGCACCUCGGCAGUGCCCAGGAGGUGAACUGGCACCUCUCUAGACACCAGUCAAAUCUUCAAGCUGCAAGUUCCACAGAAUGUCUUUGUGUUUAUCUGCUGUGGUUUUGGACUUUGGGGGGAGGAUGCAACCUUGUCUCGUUCUUGACUGAACGAGCAAACACAGAGUUUUAUCCAUGAUGACACUGCAUCCAAAAUUUUCAUAGAAUGCUGGGGUAAUAGGCAUGCAUUUUGGUGGAAUUCCAUAGGCACCAAGUAUCUGUCAGAGCAAGUGCUUGUCUUGCUAAAACUACAAAGAGCAAUAUAAAUGGAGUCAAUGAUAAAUGCACUCAGUGACAUGAUGUCAGCAUUUAAAUUGUUUGGUGUGAAUUUAAAUGCAACUAAGUUGAAUGCAGCUCUUCAAUUAAUUGCAGGAGUUGAUACAGAACAAAAAGCAACCUUGGUGAGAUGUUACAGUCAAACUGCAUCAAAGUUCUUCACCAGCAUAACAAGAUACAGUAGAAUCUGGCCAUGCAUAUAUUACAUGUUUAUGUUAAUGCAGCUCUUUAGGUCACUAGUAGCCUGUGAGAGUCACUGCUGGAAAAGUGAUAAAAGAUCAACAGCAGAAACUAGUUUGGGCUGGGGUUGCAGCGAUAUACUAACCUGGAAAUCCAGAUGCCCCGCCCCCGCUGCGCUGUAGGAGUCGAAAAGUAAACAGCCAAGAUGGCAGCUGCCGAAGGACCGCGUCCAUUCAAUUUAGCUUUGGAAGAAAUGCUAAGCCAACUACACCUAUCUUUUUCCUUGGGAGAGGAACAGAAGACUGCCCUAGAAGCCUUCGCUUCCAGGAAGGAAGCUUUUGCCGUUUUGCCAACGGGAUACGGCAAAAGUAUAAUAUAUCAGUUAGCCCCACUGGUCGGCAAACGUUAGCCUACAUACAGACAGCUUCAAUUUUAGUUUGUCUUUAACACCUUGAUGUUAGCACCGCGAGCGCGAUGUGCUUGUGUCGACUGCGAUCCUAAAUCAUAAUAGAGGUGAAUGAGAGACUGUGGACAGAGCAGACUGAAAUAUGGCUUUCUACAUGCUGAUCACAUGUAUUGAUAAAGUAUUGGCUUGGCUGGCAGAGGUUUUAUUGCAGUUACUCACAGUAACAAGCGUAGUUGUUGUCAACUAGAGUGAUCUUGAAGUUAUAUUCCCUUCAUCUGCACUGCGGCCUCUCUGCUGUUGAGUUUGUGUGUCUGUGUGUGUGCGCGCUGUGAGGGGUGACAUGCAGAGAGCAGGAGAAAGGCUGCAGAAUGAUGAUACAUGAAACCGAAACUUUAAAAAGUAACGCCGAUAAUAGCGGAGCUUACUAUUAUUAUGGUCUUGAUUAAACUUCCCUUGGGUUGUUUAAUAUUGGGUGUCCAACUGUCGUUACAGCCCGUCCGAGUGGUUCAUGCCAGGCUUGAAUCAAACCCACCAUUGGUGAUGUACGCAUCGUCUCAUUUGAUGUUGCCCAAUAAGACUCCAGAAUGUCAUUGCAUUAUUUUUUUCUCAAUAGAUGCAGGUGUCAAAGCCGUGUUGACAGGAAAGAGGCAGAGGAGAGAACUGCAAAAUCACCUGGGGCAGUGCGGGCAGGGCAUCAAGGCCACUGUGGCCUUAGGGCAGAUAUUUUUUUCAAGGGCACAGGGCCAAAUGAGGAGGGCCAUGGCCCUUGUGGCCCUUGUGAAAUUCCUGCCCUGGUGGACACCCAAGAUUAGUGCCACCAAUUCAGUAUUUGACCAAAUGUUCCUGAGAUGUGGUGUUGAAUUCUUGAGUUUUGGCCAAAAACAUGUUUUGUGAGGUCACACUGAUCUUUGACCUACGACCACCAAAUUUUAAUAAGUGUAUUCUUGAGCCCAAGUUGACGUUUGUGCUAAAUUUAAAGAAGCUCCCCUGAGGUCUUCUUGGGAUAUCAUGUUCAGGCAGAUGCAAGGUCACAGCAACCUUGACCUUUGACCACCAAAGUCUCAUGAGUUUAUGGUUGAAUCCAAAUCUCCACCCUCUGGACUUGCAGACUGAGCCCUUGCGGCAGUGCUUAAUUUCGAAAAUUAGAAGUAGGGGAACACUUUUUGCCUCUGAGAGAGCAGUGUUCCCCCACUCCCAAAAGUGGGGGAACACUUUUUUAAGCGGCACCUGAGCUGCCUCACUGCGUGACUCCGAACUGAAUGGUUGUGACAUCUAGUGUUGUCACGGUACCAAAAUUGGGACCCACGGUACGAUACCAGUGAAAGUAUCAUGGUUCUGAGUAGUAUCAUGAUACCGCAGCGAAAAUGAGGCAGAUGUGCCUUUUGUCAUUUAUAAAAAGAUAAAUCACUUCUCUAUAAUACAUCAAUGAUAUUUCAAUGGAAUAAAUUACUUAUUGACUUAUUCAUACUUCAAAAACAGCAUCAAUAAGUGAUUAACAUAGGGGGGAUCAAAAUAAAAUAAAUAAAUAAAAUAAUAAAAUGAGGUUUGUGGACUGUUACCUGCCACAAAGAGAGAAAUGUGAACGGCUCAUUUCUCCUCUGACACAUCACAUACCUGUGUGCCGCCACGGCUCGGUUGUCCAGGUACUACUGGGCAGUCAUGACGCCAACGAAGGAAAUUAGGCUACUGGACCUGGAGUCUGACAUCUCUGUCACCGUAAGCCAUUAUCUUGUGCCGCGGAGCCGCCGUAGGCUAUCUGACUGCCGUAUUCCUGUCUGUGACCCCCGUUCAACCCACAACCGGCAGGAUUUGCCUUUCGUUUCUGCUGCUGGUUGAAAUCUGUACUCUUUUCUGAAAAGAUCCUGGUAUGCGUUCCAGUACGUUCCGGCUCAAAUUAAGCACUGCCUUGCGGACUUCAGGCGUACGUAAUGUGAUGUCUUCACCGUCAUCACGUAAAGUCUGCAAGAGCGGGAGUCUGCAGCAUUAUAGAAGGAGCUAAUAGACAGGCUUGGAGUCUGUUUCACUCGUUUCCGUGGGAACAUUUGAGAGACUAUCAUGUAUACGGUGAUCACUGCAGCACUCACCUACAUGAUUGCACAGCUUUUAUAGGUUAGGCUGCAGUAUUAAAAUUCAUAUUGAUUAUCCCUAUAGGUUAAACUUCUAAAUAUUUCUGUACCAUGAUGUUGCUGAAUUUUAUAUCUGGCCUAAAUUAUUCAAGUAACAUUUUAAUAUUACAAUUUAUAAUAAGUUUAUGUGGUUUUGUGUGUGUAAAACGACUGAAUGAAUUGUGGAAUUGGACAGCCUUAAGCACUCCUGGACUUCCCGUGAACGCGCCCGCAAAGUCCGUGAGUCUGCAAGUGCGGUGAAGUGCGGACAUUUGGAUUCAGCCUAUUGUUGAGUCCAAGUGGACGCUUCUGCCAAAUUUAAAGAAUGUCCCUCAACGAGUUCUUGAGAUAUCCCGCUCACAAUGGAUGGGACUUAUGGACUACUCAAAAACACAAUGCCUCCACUCUGGCGAUAGCCAUGGCCGGCAUAAAUAACGCACCCUGUGCACAUUUUUAACUGUAGCAUGUAACUCCACCAAAGUUACUCACCGCCACAGAUUCCCAGAUUUCAGAAGACAUGACCUCAGUGUGGGGUGAUGAGAUGUCAUCAAAAGUGAUGCUUCAUUCAUAGUCACACUUGUAAAAUAUCAUUACAGAACAGUAUAAAUGUGUUGCAGCCUCAUUUCCUGGAUGUCCAUUAGAUAAGAAAGAAGUGUUGUUUCAGGCCAAAGGUCUGCAGCUCAGGAGUGUGCACUUCUCUUCCUUGAUCUAUACUUCAUAGAUGUUCUGUCAGUCCUGCUCCACUCUCUUGUUUGAGAAGCAGCUCAUUGAUGACUUGUGUGUUGUGUUUGCUUUGGGCAGACUCCACAGCGCUGCAGUACUUAGUGACUGGAUUAGUGCAUCAAUUAGGCAGCUAUUGGAUGCAUAGAGCCAUGCUGAUUGAUUUAGAUGCUGUGGGAACCUUGUGCAGGUUGUUUGUGUGGGGACAAUAUCAACACAUCUCAGUGAUGGAAAACUAUUUUGUUCUCUCUGUUUCACUUUGUUACUGUUUUUAAUGAAUACAGCUUUUUGGCAUAUUUGCUGCCAGUGAAAGUGAAGAUAAACCUGAUGUGUAUGAAACACAUUGAAAUGUGGUUCAAGGCCCAGACACACUAUACUAGGGCUGCACGAUGCAUCAUUUAAACAUCAUCAUCGCGAUGUGCGCAUGUGUUCAUGUGUGUGUUUCUGAUAUAAAAAGGAUGAUGUCGACCAAAAGAGUGUACUGUGCCAACAGUGCCUCGCUGUUGUCGCCACAACACGAGGUAACACAACGAAUCUUUUUGAUCACCUAAGUCACCAUCACAGAGUGCUGUAUGAUGAGUGCAAAGCAAGAACUCAAACAAACAUUACAGCACAAAAAACUAAAAGAUGUUUACUACUACUACUUAAAAUAAAGUGUUAAAUAAUGUCUUUUUUGUCACUUGUGUUAAUUCCACUUGUGUGAAUCAACCUAAUUCUUUCCAAAUAGAGCUACUCAAGUCAUCUGGUGAGAAUUCUUGUAUUUUUUUAACAUCGCAAUAUACAUUGCAAAAAAAAAAAAAGAAAUCACAAUGUCAGUUUUUCCAACAUCGUGCAGCCCUACACUAUACCAACUUCAAAGAAGUAACAGCAGGGAAAGCUGACUGUAUUUAAACAGACAGUAAAAAACAGUCCUGUUUGACAUAGUUAACCUAGUGAUCAUGGAAUAAAUGCAAUAAAGUUAAAGUAAAUUAUAAGUAUUUAUCAUACAUCAUAGUAACAAGUAUUAAACUGAUCUGAAGUGAAUUAAAGUUAUAUAAAGCGCACUGUGUCACAGAGACCAAACUUCCAGAAAGGUCAGGUCUUCUAAUUUUAGAAAAAGAAAAGUAAGCAUUUGUACAAUUUGUAAAGUGUCCAACCUCCUCUCAUUUCCAGGUCAAAUACUUUUGGUUUGUCACGCUCCUCAGUCUCAUAGUGAUACACAGUGAACCCUUCAACUUUAACUUUAACAUUAUGUUACACACAGCUGAAACACAUUGUAACGCAUGAUUCAACGCCCAGACACACCAUACCAUCUUCAAAGAAGUAGCAGCAAUGGAAGCUGACUGUUGUUACGCCUCACAUCACCUGUGUCUCAGCCACAAAGUUGCACAUAAACACACUGCAAAGACUAGCUCCAGCUAACCAGCAUGUAUGGUCAGUGCCUAAUAAAUAAUAAUCAAUUACUAUCCACACCAGCAUAGGCGGUAGUGUGUAAUCAUCAUACAAAAUGGAAACCGGAAGACUGUCUUGAUGCUAGUUAGCCAGUUAGCACAUUAACAACACAAUCAAGCUUUGAAAAAAUAAAUGAUAUUUACUGUAUGCCACUGAACAAUAACGCAGACCAUCAAGAAAUGUUUCUGCUUCACUGUACGUUCACACCAAAAGCUGCCAGAGCUGCAAAGGCAUCAGGUCUAAUUCAUUUUCAAUGGAUAGUGGCGACUAGAGGGGUUCUGAGCUGCAAAAGCGAUGAGCGGAGGCAGUUUGGCAAAUUGGGCUGCAAAUGAAAGUUGAAGACUGGUUAACUUUAUGCAAAUUAGCUAUGAUGCAUUGGAGCUGCAAAUGACCAGCAACCAAUUGGAAUGUAAAUGUCCAUCGCUUGUGUUUAACCCAGAGAACAUCCUUGGAAACUUUUAGUUCCUACCACAUAUUCGUUCCUACUUCAAAACAAGCAGCGAGCUGUCAAACUGAUCUAUGUUCAGCCUUGGAACCUCUCCCUAUCCAGCCGCAGCUUCCGCACCAGCCAAUGAUAUUCCCUGUGCUGUUCCUGGAGGAUAUCGUAAACCCAGAUCAGACGGCGGCUACAUCCACGCAGGUAGCCUACCACAUGGCAGCACAAAUUACAAGAGUGUCUUCUUUCAUGUUGAAUCGAUACACAAGUGUGGACAAGCGCACGUACUUAUACAAUUUCUUUGUGCUCUGGAACACUUGUUCUUAGUGGGAAUGCAGUUAAUUUGCUCUCCUUACCACCAGUUUAACUAAUCGCACUGCAGGCACUUAAACCCAAACCAGUGACAGUGUUUCCCCUAGGUUUACAGCUUUGGGGGGGAUAACAAAUCAAAAGAUUUUGCUCAUAUUCGGUUCGGGUUUGGCCCACUUGACAUGCUGCUGUGUUGUGCUACGGCCUAUUCAAGUGCUGGAAUUUGUUAUUUACAUGACAACACCUGAACGCAACACAGGCUGUGUGUGUUUAAUGUUUAAUGUCGACCUAUUUAGACUUUUUAUUCUGUUUUCAUUGUCCAAACGUGAAAGUUUCUGUACUCAGGAAAAUGCACAAAGUCAAGUAAUUUGACGUCAUGAGUGACUUUUGGUGUGAACGGUUAAAGAGCUCAGUGGAGAAAGAAAAAAAUAAUCUUACCUUAUGUAACAAGUUUGUUUCAGUCUCACUCCCUCUUGACUGUACUCUUUGUUUACUUUCCUCACUUACGUUUCUCUUUUUUUGUGCUAAGCUGAACUGCCAUUCAGAGUGAUUUCAUUAAUCCAAGGGGCUCCGCCUUCUCCUAUGCUGAUUCAACAUGCUGAAUCAGCCUAAUAAAAGCCGAUGGGGGCUGACAAGAGAGAUCAUCCAUUGUAAAGACUGUGUUCAAAGAGAAGCAGAACUAAUAAGAUUUAAUUUGAUUGUUAUGGGUCCUUUAUGGGACGGCACGUGGUACGGUGGUUAGCACUGUCGCCUCACAGCAAGAGGGUUCCUGGUUCAAUCCCAGGAGGGAGCCCCUCUGUGCAGAGUUUGCAUGUUCUCCCCGUGUCAGCAUGGGUUUUCUCCAGGUACUCCAGCUUCCUCCCACAGUGCGAAUGGUUGUCUGUCUCUAUGUGUCAGCCCUGUCAAUCAAUCAGUCAAUCAAUCAUUUAUAAAGCCCAAUAUCACAAAUCACAAUUUGCCUCACAGGGCUUUACAGCAUAUGACACCCCUCUGUCCUUUGGACCCUCACAGUGGAUAAGGAAAAACUCCCCAAAAAAACCCUUAAACAGGGAGAAAAAAUGGUAGAAACCUCAGGAAGAGCAACUGAGGAGGCAUGCCUCUUCCAGGACGGACAGACGUGCAAUAGAUGUCAUACAGAACAGAUCAGCAUAAUAAAUUAACAGUAAUCCGUAUGACACAAUGAGACAGAUGGAUGUAAACAUCAGCACCAGCUUGACCGGUGGGGCUGAGGAACAGAAGCUAAUGCUGGUUGGAUAAACCAGGGAGCAGCCAAGCCGCAGCAGAAACGAAAGGCGAAUCCUGCUGGUUGUGGGUUGAACGGGGGUCACAGACACAGACAGAAAUACAUAUUCCUGUCAAAUACGGCAGCCAUAGUGCUCCGCGGCGCAAGAUAACGGCUUACCAGCGGCCGACAAGCCCGGCUCUAGGUCCAAGAAGACUUCGUCAGUGUCAUGACUGCCCAAAAAUACCUGAACAGCUGAGCCGUGGCAGCACACAGGUAUGUGACGUGUCAGAGGAGAAACGAGCCGUUCACAUUUCCACAAACCUCACCGCACUUUAGGGACUGUUCUUUACUUAUGAAGGGACUGUUCUUUACUUGUCAGGGGAGGAGGGUGGCUGGUUGAUUUUUAUUUUAUUUAUUCAUUUUAUUUUGAUCCCCCCAUGUUAAUCACUUCAAUCAAUCAAUCAUUGAUGCUGUUUUUGAAGUAUGAAUAAGUCAAUAAGUAAUUUAUUCCAUUGAAAUAUCAU